UGCGAAUUGUUCACAGUGGUUUUUGGGAUGGGAAUGUGUACAAAAAUGGAGAAACGGAAAUGAAUUUUUUAUGUCUUAAGACGUCAUCAUACGAAACUUUCAUGAAUAGGGUUCAUGACAUUGUUCGUGGAGAUAGAAACAUGUGCGACUAUCGAUUUCACUUUUUAGUGGCCGGUGAUAACGGAGAGGUAGAGAAGUGGCGUAUCUCUUGUGAAUCAGAUAUGCGAAAUGUGUCUGCCAUGUUCACAACACCUACCAUCUAUGUCACAUUACAGCCGAAACAUACUCCAAGUCCGUAUACUCAGGCGAGUGUACCAAUGUACCCUUCGUAUGGCUAUCCAGGUGGGUUUAUGAAUUUAUUUGCUGCUCAGGGCCCACCUCUCUAUCCAUAUGGUGCU